AUGGGGCUGGGCUGUAGGUAUUUUGUAGGCUUAGUGCUGCUCUGGUCUGUGGGGACAGUCCUUGGGCAGGGGGACUUCCGUAGGGUCAGUUUCUCUGUCUUGCAACAGGGGUAUGAGUGUGGAGACUAUGGGAUGCAGCUGCUGGUUUUUCCCAGACAGGGCCAUACUGUCCGCUUCAAAGUUGUGGAUGAGUUUGGGACACCCUUCGAAGUUACCAACUGCUCCAUUUGUCUCCAUUGGGUCACAUCUGGCGAGCAAGGAGUAGUGAUCUUCUCGGCUGGCUACAAUGGCUGCCACGUUCAGAAGAAGGAUGGCCUUAACCAUCUACAGGUCCGAGUGGAGGAACUAUUGAGCACCGGGGCCAUCGCUGCCACCCGUGACGUGACCAUGACAUGCCCCAAGCCCCCUGAACAUGACCUAACCCCAGAGGAGACCAUGCGCCCGGUGCCCCAGCCGCAGCCGGGCCUGCCGGGCCUGGUGCGCCCGGUGCCCCAGCCGCAGCCGGGCCUGGUGCGCCCGGUGCCCCAGCCGCAGCCGGGCCUGGUGCGCCCGGUGCCCCAGCCGCAGCCGGGCCUGGUGCGCCCGGUGCCCCACAUCUAUCCUCCACCAAGGAACAUGGGUGCCCAUCUCACACAGGAGCAGUGCCGAGUGGUGACUGGGAAGAUCCCCUGCCGAGAUGCCCUAGGCCGAGCUGCUUGCUCCCAGGCUGGCUGCUGUUAUGAUGAGACUGACCCUACUACCCCAUGCUACUAUGGCAACACAGUCACUGUUCAGUGCCUCGUGGAUGGUCACUUUGUUCUGGUGGUCUCCAGGGACAUGUCUGAUCACCCUAUCAUCCUGGACAGUGUCCGGCUAGCCUAUGCCCAAACAGGGUGUGAUCCCAUCAGAAUGACAGAGGCUUUUGUGAUCUUCCGCCGCUUCCCCGUCAUGCAGUGCGGCACCACAGUCCAGGUGAUUGGGGACAAACUGAUCUAUGAGAACCAGCUGAUCUCUAGCAUUGAUGUCCAGACUGGGCCAGAUGGCUCCAUCACCCGGGACAGCACCUUCAUUGUCCAUGCUCGCUGCAUCUACAAUGCCAGUGACUUCCUGCCAGUCCAGGUGGAGGUCUUCUUGCCCCCCACACCUGCUCCAGUCACCCAGGCAGGACCCCUCCAGCUUGAGCUGCGCAUUGCCACAGACUUAAGCUACAGAUCCUAUCUCACGGAGAGAGACUACCCUGUGGUGAAGGUACUCAGGGACCCUAUCUACAUGGAGGUUCGCAUCCUGCAGCGAACAGACCCUAACCUGGUUCUGUCUCUCCACCACUGCUGGGCUACCCCAAGCGCAAACCCCCUGGAGCAGCCACAGUGGCCCAUCCUCGUGGACGGGUGCCCAUUCUUGGGAGACAACUACAGAACCCAGCUUGUGCCCAUAGGCUCUGAGCUGCCCUUCCCAACUCACCACCAGUGCUUUGUCCUCUCCACCUUUGCCUUUGUGGACUCAGCCUCCCAGAUAGCACUUGAUGGAGAGGUGUACCUCUUCUGUAGUGCCUCUGCCUGCCGUCCCUCCCAGCUGGAGCUCUGCAGGACCAUGUGCCCAUCAAGGGCUGCUAUAAGAGGCCGCCGGUUUCUGCAUAUUGGAAAUGGGACAAGAGAGCUCCAGGACCUAGAGAAAGGGCUGGAUGACAAGAUCCCAAAGACUCCAUAG